AUGUCUUCCGGUCGUCCGCGCGCCACCUCGUCCGCCUGCGCCGACCUCCCCCCGCUCCCCUCCGCCUCCCUCGCGUUAUUCUCCAAGACACCCGCGCUCUCCCCCCCGCGCCCUCCGCACGCCCUCAGAUCCCGCGCUGCGCGCGUCGCCAUCUCCGCGCUGGCCGCUGUCGCCGUCACCCUCACCGCGCUAUGCCUCUUCCGCGGGUCCUCCUCCGCGCCAAUCUCCCCGCCCGCUUCCGCAGCUUCUGCGCACCUCCCCCUCGCGGGCGAACAGCCCGCCUCCCCGUCCGCGCGCGGAUCUCCCCCGCGCUUCAUCCUCUACCGCAUGAUUGGCAACGACAUGCCGCCGCUACAGUGCGACGGGCAGCUGUACCUGAACACUCUGUACGCGUUACAGCACGAGCCCAAGGACCUGCCAGAGCUGCGGCGCGUGUGGGUGAUGAACAAGAUGCUGAACGACUCGGAGGAGGCGCGAAUCACGGCCGCCAUUCUCGCCCACGGAUACCCUGAGGAGGACAUCGUGAGGAUCCCCGUGAACUACACAGAGCUCGCCGCCAUGCCCGAGAACCUCUGGUCCACUGCCAUCACAGCGAUGAACGAGGCGCGGCUGGUGAUGAUGAAUCACGGCAUAGCGAACGGAGCGCGGUGGAUCCUGCCUCUGGACGGCAACCACUUCCUCACUCGCGAGGUGUGGACGUACCUCGCUGCUGCGGCCGACCGCCAUGAGGCCCACGGCAAGACUGCCUUCAAGAUCCCAGUGGUGAAGAUCGACGGUCCACAGAGUCCCGAGUGGAUCAACGGCAGCACGUUGUACAGUGACCUCUUCCCCCACGCACCAACGCUGCAGGAGGGCAUGAUUGGCUUCCGCAACGACUCCCCACACCGCUACCAACCAGGUAUGGGAUUCGGCAGGAGGAACAAGCUAGAAGCCAUCAACCGCAUCUGUGGUACGGGCGACCAAUACACCUUUCUGGAGCUCACACACAAGCUGGGCCUACUCCAGCUCUUCUAUCCAGACUUCACCCCGCAGCUUGCCGACACAGGCGAGUGUGGCUGCCAGAGGGAAACCGGCAGUGAGGCAAAGACGAGGCCCAUGCGCAUGUCUGUCCUGUAUUCGUGUGGGCUGUCCAUUCGGCUGUGGUAUUAUCCGUGCCCGGAAGUGGAUGGUGCGAGGAUCAUGCGCGACGGGUGGUACCGCUUUAAGCAACGCCAAAAGGCGCGGUUUAUUCUGCUCGACCGCAUUCGAGAACGGAUCAAGCAAUUUACGGCAGAGCGGUCAGGUUAG